CUCCAGAACCUUACAUGACAGAGCAAACAGCGCUGCUACAUCUUCAAUUAAAUACUGCUGUUUGCGCAGUAGUGUGAUCUAUAAAGCCUGUAACGAAUUUGCGGUAAUUAUCUGGGAGCAUAUAAAUAGCGCAUCUGAAAAGCAGGUGCUAAGUAGGCACAACAGCACGCACAAUGGCUGCAGCAAUACUCUUACGGAGAAGGCGCAGACACCAAAGGCGACGAAGAGAACGCAUCUUCUCCGUUCGUAUUAAUAUAUUAGGAAUGUCUGAGGAGAGGAUUGUGGAGACCUAUCGUCUAUCCAGCAUUGCAAUAAUAGAAUUGCUGGAUGAGUUGAGGGCUGAUCUAGAUUCUGUCACAAGGAGAGGUCAAGCCAUCCCUUGUAUGACAAAGCUGCUCGCAGUAUUGCACUUUUUAGCAUCUGGGUCAUUUCAACGCACAGUUGCAAAUAGUGCUGGGAUAUCGCAGAGUAGGCUUUCGAGCAUCCUCUCUCAAGUUUUAAAAGCCAUGUUAAGGAGGAUGGGCAGGUAUAUUCAUUUCCCAUGCACACCAGAGGAAUUGAAUCACACUAAGAUUGGCUUUCAUGCCAUGGCCGGCUUUCUCAAGGUAAUUGGAGCGAUAGAUUGCACGCAUGUGCAACUUGUCCCUCCUUCAGACAGAGAACAUAUUUAUAGGAACCGUAAGCACACACAUUCCAUGAAUAUGCAAGUUGUGUGCGACUCGAAAGGAACCAUUACAAAUGUAGUGGCAAAAUAUCCAGGGUCAGUACAUGAUUCAUUCAUUCUGAGGAACAGUGUCAUCUUCUCAAAGCUGAGAGAUGGCGAAUAUGGAGAUGGCUGGCUUUUGGGUGAUGGCGCAUACCCCCUGCAGCCCUUCCUCCUGACACCGGUCCUCAAUCCUGCCACUGCAGGGGAGAACCGGUAUAAUGCAGCUCACGUGCGCACAAGGAACAUUGUGGAGCGCACCUUCGGCAUCCUAAAGAGCAGAUUUCGGUGUCUGGACCGCACGGGGGGGGCACUUUUGUAUAGCCCAGAGAAGGUCUCCCAGAUUGUUAUUGUGUGUUGCAUGCUCCACAACGUUGCAAAACGUCAUGGGAUGGAGCAUGGUGCCAUGGACGAGGAGAGACAGGAGACGGAUGACAAUCACGGGCCUCAACAGCCCGAUGUUGCAGGACAGCAGACGCGUAUCACCCUGAUUCGAAAUGUUUUUUCCUGAACGAUUACGCACAGUGCGCACCGCACCUCCAGCCUGCGUCUCAAUUGUUCUCUCUGUCCCCUGACCGGGCUCUGGCUGCUGCAUUCUGGAGCCGCUGGAACUGACAGCUCUUGCAGCCCCUCGUCCACGACUCUUGUCAGAGAGUUAAUGGCCGUUGUCAGCCCUGACACAGCACUGACCAGCUGCCGGGUGUGUACAGCAAUUGCACGAGUGUCUCGCCGCAGCGAAC